AGUGUGUUCUUUUCAUUGCAUAUAAGAGACGUAUAUUCUCACGUGGGUUUCCCCUGCCCGCACCUGUGAGCUGUGACUUGCGCCCGGUCUUUUUGCAAGAAGUGCUCAACACUGUGUGCAGCGCCUACACUUGUAACAAUAUAACAGUACCAUUAUGCAUAUGUAAUUUAGCUCAGUUUCUUGGUUGUCUAUACAUACGAUACAUGAACUUUCCAGGUGACAUAGGCAAUGUUAGCUGCAAUCAGCAAGGCCUAAAGCUAUCCAAGCAGUUUGUGCAGCUUUGCGUCGUGAGCCGGAUCGGCCAGUUGGUCGCUGCUCAUCCGCCAUUGCAAGGAAAACCGAGGUGCCAGCACCGGCAACACGGCUUGUAUAGUGGUGAAUGGCUGAGGGUGCUGUAUCCUCUGGUGCCCAAGCUGGGUGCAGUAACGCUCCUAUAAGCAGCGCCUCCCUGCCGAUCGACAAGCAACACCAGCAACAGCAGGGACAGGAGGUCUCACCCGCAAGCGCGUCCGACGCUGCGUACUCUACUCGUAGCUCUCCUAGCCUGCCAACAGUGGCAGUCCCACACGGUUCAGUCCCCCCGCCUGGCGCUGGCAUCCUUGAACCCCCGGGGAUUGGGGCAGGCAUUGGCGUUGACUCCAUCCCAGACGCUAGCUUCGAGGCAGCGCAACCGCCUCGCAAAAAGCCCCGGCUAAGCCAUCCCAAGGCCGUCCUCAGGCCACGGCAAGGGACUGGUGUCGUGCCAGGUGGGACCGUUCCCGGCGACGUCGACGAGGAUGGCAAAGUCACAUGUGUGCAUGCGCCAGUCAGAGGCGUUUGCCGCGCGGCGCGGGCGAUACUCGACCUCAGCUGGACAGAAUCCCGCACCUCCUACUUGUACACUACUGCCAAGACAAAUUUUGAGUCCGGGAAAAAGCCGGACUAUGUCAAGAUGAUGAAGCACCUGGGCUGGCACCAGCACCCCGACCCGGCACGCGCCAUGUCGCGGCUCCGCAACAAGUACUGCACCAUGCGGCGGAUGCUGGAGAGCGGCGUGUCGCUGCAAAACCGCAUCGCGCGGCCGGUCAAGUACCCCUACCCGCUGGCUCGCAAGGUCCAGCAGGUGCUUGUGGCCUUCCCCAACCGCAUGGCAACCGUACGGGAGGUGUGGGAGGCCAUCGAGGCUGACCCCGAGUACAGCCCGCACCUGGACCGCCGGCCGCAGACCACUGACGGGGCGCACCUCACGCGCUGGCAGAAGCAGGUUGGUCGCAUUUUGACCAGCCGGACGCAUCACGGGUUCGUCAACACGGGAGUUCGCAAGGACGGCCUCUUCUUGUACCAGUAUGACAGUAAACAAGACUCUCGCAAUAAAACGGCCGACAAAGCCAAGCGGCGCAGCCCCGCUUUGGCUUCGGAAGGGGGCAAUUCAGGGAGAAGAGGGGCAGGAGGCGCGGAUGGAUCAUGCGCAGUGUCGGGGGAAGAUGCCCCGGCGCAACCAGCAUCGCCAGCCGCCGCCACAGCUGCUGCCGCAGCGGCGGAUGCGCCACCCGCAACGACGGCACCUGUCGCUGCAGGCGCACCGCUAACAGGGACGGGGACCCAAGACACCGGAACCGUAACUGGCGACGGUUGCACGAGCGCGGCUCAGGCGCCGGGCGGGGAAGGGCACAAGCCGCCAUUGGAGGCGGUGGCUGCGGGAUCGGCGGCUGAAGCUGGGUUGGCGCGGCAUGCUGCUGCUGCGGAGGGCGCAACAUCUGGAGACGGAUCGGACAACGGUGGUGGCCGCUGCAAGGCGGGUGCGGCAUGCGCCCCCUUGCACUCCCGGCUGCCUUCGUGCAGGAAACACGCAGACACAGCUGGAUGCUCAAGUGACGAGCAUGGGGGGAGCUGCCUGGACCCCUCGCGGCGUGACUUGUCGCGUCGGGGCAAGGACCCUCGGCAAGACCUAAGACCACACCGGCAACGAAAGGGACGGCACCGCGAGUUUGAGGGUGUUACGACUUCCGGGGCUUUAGCUGCAGCCGCCGCUGCAGCCCUGGCCGCGUUGAGCGAUGGGGGCGAGGUACUGGAGCAGCAACUUGCUGCUGCUGCUUUAGAUGGGGCUGUGCUGGGGUUGGGAGGCCUUGGCGAAGUGUUUGUUUGACGUGGUGUACAGUAAGCACGCCAACGGCAACUUGGAUAGAAGCGCCACGCAGUUGACGUAGUGUUGUGGACAAUAUCUACGCAGCACAUCGUUAGUUGCUUGCAGCUCUGAAGUCCGAGCCAAGCGGUAACCGUCAUGGGUCCCGGUCACGGAUGAGUGGCCCAAUAGUGUGCCCCUAAGAAAUUAUAACAAUGCUGAAACAGGCUUCUUUUUAUCUUGUAAAAGCAUAUUUAUGUAUUGUAUAUAGCACUGUUAUGAGUUUAGUCGUUAACUGGCAUCGGGAGGCCCUGUUUAAUGGAAUCUUUUGUCGCACACACUCCAGUGCCAGAGGAGUCGCACCCCUCAUCAACUUACACCGCCUGGGACCUGGCCUGCGGGCCCAGACUCCGAACAGCGUCUAAGAGACCCAACUCUGUAACUAACCAAGUUUGCUA